AUGGUGUGCGGCAGCAUCCCCAUCAACCCUACUGAUGGUGAGUGCAUGGGCCCAUGGCAUGCUGUGCACACUGCAUCCAAUCCAAGGCACACGCCGUGCCUAGCUCUUGACACUCUUCAGCCCAGCGCCAUCACUGCGGUCAAGCCCAUUGCCGUUCUCCCACAACUCAUCUCCACCAAUUGCUUCCUCCUCUGCCCCACCAGCGGUGGUGCUGAUGGUGCUCAAGUCGUCGCUGGGUAUGACGCUCAACAACUGGAACCCAGGUGCAGCAUGUAUGCUGGAGGGGCAGACGAUGCUGCCGGCGCAGUGGGGCAGCGUGCGCUGUCCAACUGCAGCCAAAGUGCUGAGCAUGUGAGUGAGAGGGAGGCCCCCAUUGCGCUGACGCGUCAGGGGCUGCAGGGCUCAAUUUAUCCGAACAUCUCCAAGCUCACCACUCUCACAUAUCUCUUCUUCCACUACAACCAUUUCGCCGGCUCCAUUCUUUCCGCCAUUGCCUCGCUGCCUCAACUCACCUCGCUAGGCCUCUUCUCCAACUACCUUACGGAGACAGUGCCCAUCCCAUCCAAGUCCCUACUCGCGCUCGACUUGGGCUUUAACUACCUCUCGGGCACCUUCCCGAAGCUGGUGCUCAUGUUCUGUGCGGGCGACAACAGCUGCUUCCUCAACUCCACCGCCUGCCACACCUACGGCAUCGUGCAGUGCCCUGCCGGCACCUGCGCCAUCUGUGGCUCUGCUGCUGGCCGGAGGGACCUCUGCUUCGGUGGCUCCUGCGCUCUCGACGCUGCUGCUGCUGUCAGUGCUGACACUAUCAACUCACCGAACCAGCCGCUGCUGUCCAUGCCAUGUGCAGGUGGGUGUGUUGUGGAUGGAGACGUGUGGGUAGGGUAG